AUGAUAAAAAGAACAUUUUUUGGACUUUCUCUAAGAGACAAACAGAAAUUUACCUACAAAGAGGAAAAUGGUUUGCUCUGUUAUACAUUUACUUAAAUAGUUUUAGUUGGCACAGGCGAAGCAAAGAUUUAUGGACUUUCUAGCAAUAAGAAGAUUUUGAUUGCUUCUUUGAAAGGAAAACAAAACUAAUGCCAAUGCAAAUUUAUCAUGGAUGAAAAUAACUUUACUCAUUUAAUAUGUCUUGGGGAUGAAUCUACAUCAGUCCAUGUGUUAGGAUAUAAGUUAGGAAAAUAGGUACAGGAAAAAGAGGAAAAUUAUUAACAAGAAAAUUUGGUGUUCAAAGACGAAUUUAGAGCAUUGUAACCAGUUGAAGAGAGAGAAUUAGAUUCAGAUGAGUUUGAGUUGCUUUCUAAGAAAGAUAAAAAAGAAUAUAAAAAAAAACAAAAGCAAAAGUAAAAAUUAGAAAAUUAUUGA